AUGUCCACGUCCUUACCACCACCAACACUCUGCAGCCUCCCAGUGGACGUGCUCAUCGACAUUGCCCUCGCCUUACCCUGUCGCGAAUUUGGACGGCUCCUACAGACAAACCGAUACAUUCAUCAAACCCUCGAUACCCAUUGGGUCUGGCACCAGCGGUUCGUGAUCCGCCUGGGACAAGCCCUCUUGGCCGCCAAGCUCAAACAGGUUCAGGAGGAUGCCACUGCUUCGUCCUUGAAGGUUGAACCUACGCCUAAGACUGUGGAUGGUGAAAUCCCGGAUGAAGCGCCUAAAAGUAACCUGAGCUUGACAAGCUCUGCGACCAAGCAGCAAUUGAUGGACUGGUAUCGGCAAUAUGCCAGGACUACGAUCCCAGCAAGGGACAUGGUCAUCAUCCAUAUGAACAACAGAAACUGGUCCAUGGUGGAAGACACGGCGAGCCAGUUUGGUGAGGUGGCCCGACUGAGUUAUGUCAACUGGCUCGACGUCAGUGCGGUCUUUCAUGGCGUCCUUCCCGGACGGUACUAUGUCCAGUGGAAUUUGACUGUCAACUCUUUCACCGGCGUCAAGGACACGCUCUUUCGGGCCGUCGCCCUUCCUGGUCAUGAGAUUCCAGCGUGGGAUAAUGCACGCCCAGACACAAUCGGCUUCAUGCCCACCAGAGAAUCAUCCUUUGUCAAGGCAACAAACUCAACCACCAGGGACAAGUUCCAACCAGGUCGCAUCCUCCUCCAACUCCCCGAUCAACUCGAAGUAGGACCCGAACACCCCACAGUCUUUGUGCAGUUCAAGAACCAUGAUGAUUAUCAAGCCAAAUCUGGAAUAAUGGUCGAUUAUAUUCGUCUGGUCAGCGUUGAUGACCCUACAAAGGCGUUUAUACCCCUGCCAGUGGAUCCUCAAUGGGAAGAGAGGGAGCAAGCGGCAAAUGAUGAUGUUCAGGCCGGGAGGGAGUUUGAUCCACAACAAGCUGGUGGUGGGGGUGUAUAUAAUACGGUUGCUCAGUGGGUGACCGGAGGUACGGGAGAAACACCUGCGUGGCUUGCUCCUUCCCAGUGGGGGAACUUUCUCUGGGGCCCGAACUGGCAGGAGGCCGGAAAUGCGAAUGGUGCCGAGGAGGAGGAUUUUGGGGAGGAAGACGAAGAACUGGACGAGGAGGAGGACGAGUGA